GUUCCCUCUUUCCCUCUUGUUGGAAAUUCCUCCCACGACAAAACUGAAACCUGACAUGUCACCGCUGGAAGCAGGUGAGUCAGCGCAGUACACCUCGGGGAUUGGAAAACAAUUCAAGAAAGACAACAAAGAGGAAGCGUAGCGGCAUCAACAACGGCGGUGGCUCGUAUUUUUAUUUCUCGCUCCUCUUUGACCCCCACACCUUGAUGGACUACAUGGACAGCGGGCUGAGGUACACCCCCACCCAGGACAAAGAAUGGGACACCAAUGUUCAGUUCCUGCCGGCAUCGGACAACAAAAAGCUGGAGAAGAAGAAAGGUCCUGGGAAGGUGGGCGCCGUGGUCGGAGUGCUGAUCUUGUGCGCCGUCGUAGCACUGAUGGCCGGCCUGCUGGUCUGGCAUUUCCAUUUCCGUAAAGACGUGCGCGUCAAGAAGCUGUACAGCGCCUCCAUGCGAAUCACCAACCAGGUUUUCGAGGACGCCUACGAGAACGCCAACAGCUCUGAGUUCAAGGCGCUGGCCAAGCAGGUCAAGAUGCAGCUGAAAACGCUCUACAGCAAGAGUCCGCAGCUGGCCAAAUACUACGUUGGCUCGACAGUUCAGGCUUUUAGCGAGGGCAGCGUCAUUGCGUACUACAUCUCAGAGUUCAACGUUCCGACUGGCCAGGAGUCGGCAGUGGACAGUGCCAUGUCCGCCAUGGACAAACUGGUUGACAAAGAGCAGCGCAGCAUUUACAGGCCAGGCAACUCUCUGCUUCUGGAAGACGUCGUGUCCUCGGAACUCGAUUCACGAUUGUUUUCAGCAGAAUUCAGCAGAUUCUUGAGGUUUUCCGAGCACACGAGGACCAACCACAUUGGCCAGAUCAAGUCCCCCGGCUUCCCCGACAGCCCAUACCCGCCCAACACCUUUAUGGAGUGGCAGCUGCGGGCCGACCCCAACUACAUCAUCAAGCUGGACUUCGACACGAUGAAUCUGGAGGAGAACUGCGACAACGACUUUGUCAAGAUCUACGACUCCCUGGUGGCCAUCGAGGCCAGGGUUGUGCAGGAGAUGUGUGGCUACUACUCACCCAGCGAGCCCCUGACCUUUCUGUCCUCUGGCAACGUGAUGCUAGUCACCAUGGCGACCAACCAAGUGAAGAACUACCCAGGCUUCCGAGCACAAGUGUCGCAGGUGCGACGCGGCAGCACUAGUACGAUGUGCGGUGGCCAACUGACAGGUGACAUAGGCCGUUUUACUUCCCCCAACUUUCCAAAUUACUACCCGCCUCGGACCUCCUGCCAGUGGACCAUCCAGGUCCCUGCCGGAAAGUCGGUGAAAGUGACAUUCAAAAAGUUCCUCAUAUCCGAACCGGGCCAGGACGGAAGCAAGGGCUGCCGCAAGGACUACGUGGAGAUCAACGGAAAGAAGUUUUGUGGAGAUCACCCCGACAACUCUGUCGUGAAGACCAGCAGCACCAAUGAAAUGACCAUUGUGUUUUUCUCCGACGGAUCCUAUGUGGACCGAGGCUUUGACGCUAUGUAUGAGGCAGUUGACGUCGCCGACCCUUGCCCCAAGCAGUUCCAGUGCAAGAACCAGCGCUGCAUCAAGCCUGAGCUCAAGUGUGACGGCUGGAACGACUGCAACGACAUGAGCGACGAGCUGAACUGCAAGUGCAGCUCCAGUCAGAUCAAUUGUAAGAACGGGCUGUGCAAGCCCAUGUUCUGGAAGUGUGACAGCGUAGAUGACUGCGGCGACGGCACAGACGAGCAGAACUGCGGCACUUGUUCUACUGGACAACUCACCUGCAAGAACGGCCAAUGCGUCUCGGAGAAGAGUCGUUGUGAUGGGAUAGACGACUGUGGCGAUGGUUCUGAUGAGCUUGGCUGUGAACGAGCUGCUGGUUCUGUGUUGUGCACUGACCUCACAUUCAAAUGCAAAAACGACGACUGUAUCAGCAAAGUCAACCCUGAAUGUGACGGUACCAAAGACUGCGAGGAUGGCUCGGAUGAGGACAACUGCGAUUGUGGGCGCAGCAAGUUCAAGACAUCACGUAUCGUUGGCGGUCAGGAUGCGGAGGCGGGCGAGUUCCCGUGGCAAGUCAGCCUGCACGCCAAGCGUUACGGACACGUUUGUGGUGCCAGCCUCAUCGGCCCACUCUGGCUUGUCACCGCCGCCCAUUGUGUGCAGGACAACGGCAGGGACAGGUUUUCUGAGGCUGGUACUUGGGAGGCGUAUAUGGGCCUCCACACGCAGCGCAACAUAGGCAGCACAGUAGUAAAAAGGAACUUGAAGAGGAUCAUUCCGCACCCAAAUUACAACGACUACACCUUUGACAACGACAUCGCCCUGAUGGAGCUGGACAGUCCCGUCACGUACAGCGACUACAUCCAGCCCAUCUGCCUCCCCGCCCCGACGCACGACUUCACCGUCGGGACCACCGUCUGGAUCACUGGCUGGGGCGCCACUCGGGAGGGAGGAGUCGCAGCGACAGUGUUGCAAAAAGCUCAGGUGCGCACUAUCAACCACAAGGUGUGUGACAAUUUGAUGGGCGGUCAGCUGACCAACAGAAUGAUGUGUGCCGGUGUUCUGAGUGGAGGAGUCGACGCUUGUCAGGGGGACUCUGGUGGGCCGCUCUCCAUUCCAUCCGGCAACCGCAUGUUCCUGGGCGGCGUGGUCAGCUGGGGCGACGGCUGUGCCCGCCGGAACAAGCCAGGCAUCUACACAACGGUCACCAAAUUCCAUGGCUGGAUCAAAGAGAAGACGGGUGUGUAGAACAAAACGGCCGCACAGGGGGGCCGUGGACAGAAAUAUGGACUGAGACACACAGUUACUGCAGUGUGGAUUGUCGACUUCCCAGAAGAAGAAGCACCACGUGUCGCUCGAAGAGCAAGUGCAGCACUGGUCCGUGUCCACUGUGAUUUUAUUAUAGUCAGCUUGAUAAAUUGUAAAUAUGUUUUAUUUCCUGUGUUUUCUCUUAAUGUUUUAGCAUGUUUGGAUUGAGAGCGCACACACCCACGCACACACAAACAGGUUUUCAAGAGAUUGAACACACACAGAAUCCUUUUUAACCAAUUGUCUAAUUUGUAGUUAUAUUUCCUCACAAACAGCAACAACUGUAAGAGCAGUCCAUCCUACCUCCUAUAUCAUACAGGGUGUCCCAGAAAAAAGAAAAACUUACUUUGACUGCCAUUAUUCAUAUAUUUUGUUUUGAUUUAGGUGUUUAUUGGCAUAGAUACAAGUCUGAUUUUAAUAAAUGUAAAUAACAGAUUUAAGAUGUGAAUUGAAUGGCAUAAAAGAAAACAUUAAUUCAACAUUCAGAAAGCAGUCAGAGUACAUUUGUGGGGGCACAGCCUAUACACAUUUUACCACAGGAAUCUUCAACCAACAUAGGUCCCUAAAUGGUCCCGAAAUGCAUCAUUUGCUUUUAAAUACUGUACUGUAUUAUUUUGCGAGCAAUAUCAACAUUGCAUCGGUUUUGUUUGUAUUUUGGUUUUGUUUAGCUCAACACAGUAAUAAAAACAAAUACGACCGUUUUACUUGGGUGGAUGUGUUGAUGUUUUUUAUAGCAGGUUUCGAAAUAAAAUAUUUCUUAUAUAAGUCA